GCCGUGAUCUGCUUACUGAUCUCUUUCGUUUGGAAUUAUCGUCCACUUGUCCGCGUUCCGACGUUACGGUUUCGGAAAUUUUCUGUCUAAUUUCUACACCAAACACAAACAUGGCCGAUGAAGACUGGGGAGAUGUCCAGGUUGCUCCUAAUGUAGAUUCAGCUCCUUUACAAAUAGCUGCUGAAUUACCGGAAGUUAAACUGUUCGGCAGAUGGAGUUGUGAUGAUGUUGAAGUUUCUGAUAUGUCUUUGCAAGAUUACAUUGCUGUCAAAGAAAAGUAUGCCAAAUAUGUACCUCAUUCUGCUGGACGUUAUGCUGCUAAACGUUUCCGUAAGGCUCAAUGCCCAAUUGUUGAACGUUUAACUAACUCUUUGAUGAUGCACGGACGUAACAAUGGAAAGAAACUGAUGGCUGUCCGUAUUGUUAAGCAUGCUUUUGAAAUCAUAUACCUGUUGUCUGGUGAAAAUCCAUUACAAGUACUUGUCAAAGCCAUUAUCAACAGUGGACCCAGGGAAGACUCUACACGUAUUGGUAGAGCUGGUACUGUCAGACGUCAAGCUGUUGACGUUUCUCCGUUGAGACGUGUCAAUCAAGCUAUUUGGUUACUGUGUACAGGAUCCCGAGAAGCAGCAUUCAGAAAUAUCAAGACAAUAGCUGAAUGUUUGGCUGAUGAAUUGAUCAAUGCUGCUAAGGGAUCAUCUAAUUCUUAUGCUAUCAAAAAGAAAGACGAACUGGAACGUGUUGCUAAGUCUAAUCGUUAAUUCCCAUAUAUUGAUUCAUUUAUUUUAAAUAUACAUUGUAUAUUUGGACUAAGAAA